AUGGAGCAUAGCCUGGGGCCAGAUAUACCUGGGGCCCUGUGCUUGCGCUGCGAACUAGGAGCUCACUCUCCGAGCGGGGUAGAGGGUUCCGAUUCUCAACCCCUUGGGAGCGUUUGUGAGUGGAAGGGAGGUCACGCUAUCGUCCGCGGCCGCAGCAGCCCCGUCCCUUCAUUGGAUCCCGCGAGGAGGAGGAAGGGUGCCAGCCACAGUUCUGCUAAGCCCUACCUCUCCUGCCAGGUACCCCACCUCAACCAGAAUGCCUGGAACAACCUGGAGAAAUACAGCCGCAGCUUGACCCGCAGCUACCAAAACGUCUAUGUCUGCACAGGGCCACUCUUCCUGCCCAGGACAGAGGCUGAUGGGAAAUCCUAUGUGAAGUACCAGGUCAUCGGCAAAAACCACGUGGCAGUGCCCACACACUUCUUCAAGGUGCUGAUCCUGGAGGCCGCAGGCGGGCAAAUUGAGCUCCGCUCCUACGUGAUGCCCAACGCACCUGUGGACGAGGCCAUCCCACUGGAGCGCUUCCUGGUGCCCAUCGAGAGCAUUGAGCGGGCCUCGGGGCUGCUCUUUGUGCCAAACAUCCUGGCGCGGGCAGGCAGCCUCAAGGCCAUCACGGCGGGCAGUAAGUGAGGGCGGAGCCCAGCAAGGCUGGGCGUGUGCAGGCCGGGGAGCAUUAAAGGUGGUGAUUUUUGGAGACAA